CUGGGGCUGCCUCCCGCGGAAAUUUGAAAUGGCUGAGGGUUUGCUGACGGGUGGCAGUCUGGGGUCUGCGGCCAUGGCGCAGGAGCUCACCGACUGGGUGGCCGAGGAGGAGCCGGCGCCCAUGGAGAAAGGUUUGUUCCAAGAUGAAGAUUCAUGCAGCAGCUGUAGCAGUCAUGAUAAGCCAGGCUCUAGUUUAAAAAGUUUUGUGCCAGAAGGAAAAACUCUUUUCCCAGAAAUUUUCCAAACAACUCAACUUUUGUUCUAUGAGCGAUUCAGCGCCUAUCAAGAUUACAUUUUAGCUGACUGCAAGGCCUCCGAGGUAAGGGAAUUCACAGCUGAGUUCUUGGAGAAGGUCCUUGAACCAUCUGGAUGGCGGGCAGUCUGGCACACUAAUGUAUUCAGGGUGCUGGUGGAGGUCACAGCCGUGGACUUUUUAGCCUUAAAGGCAGUGGUGCAGCUUGCCGAACCAUACCUCUGUGACUCUCAAGUGAACACUUUUACCUUGGAGUGUAUGAAGGAGCUCCUUGAUCUCAAGGAACAUCGGUUGCCCCUGCAGGAGCUGUGGGUGGUGUUUGAUGAUUCUGGAGCAUUUGACCAGACAGCGCUUGCAAUUGAGCAUGUCCGGUUUUUCUACCAAAACAUUUGGAGGAGUUGGGAUGAAGAGGAGGAAGAUGAGUAUGAUUAUUUUGUCAGAUGUGUUGAACCUCGAUUGAGAUUGCAUUAUGACAUUCUUGAAGACCGAGUUCCUUCAGGACUCAUUGUUGACUACCAAAAUCUGUUGUCUCAAUGUGAGGAGAGUUACAGGAAAUUUUUGAAUCUGAGAAGCAGUUUGUCAAAUUGUAACUCUGAUUCUGAGCAGGAAAAUAUCUCCAUGGUGGAAGGGUUAAAAUUGUAUUCUGAGAUCGAACAGUUGAAACAAAAGCUAAAACUUAUUGAGAAUCCUUUGUUGAGAUAUGUGUUUGGUUAUCAGAAGAAUUCUAAUAUCCAAGCCAAGGGCCUCCGUCCAGGUGGUCAGAAGGUCACCCAUGUGGUCUCUUCCACCAUGAUGACUGGUCUGUUGCGGUCCCUACUCAGGGACAGGCUCUGUGAGGACCCUUGUAAGGAAGAAACAGAAAUUCAGUUCCAUAGUGAUCCGUUGUCUGCCAUAAAUGCCUGCUAUGAAGGAGACUCUGUUAUUGUGUGUCCUGGUCAUUACGUGGUCCAUGGCACAUUCUCCAUUGCUGACUCCAUUGAGUUAGAAGGUUAUGGUUUACCAGAUGAUAUUGUGAUAGAAAACAGGGGCAAAGGAGAUACUUUUGUGGAUUGUACAGGUGUGGAUAUUAAAAUCUCAAACAUAAAAUUUAUUCAGCAUGAUGCUGUAGAAGGAAUCUUAAUCAUUCACCGUGGCAAGACUACAUUGGAAAACUGUGUAUUGCAAUGUGAAACUACAGGAGUCACAGUGCGAACAUCAGCAGAAUUUUUAAUGAAGAAUUCGGAUUUAUAUGGUGCUAAGGGUGCUGGUAUAGAAAUAUAUCCUGGGAGUAAGUGUACCCUGAGUGACAAUGGGAUCCAUCACUGCAAGGAAGGGAUCCUCAUUAAGGACUUCUUGGAUGAGCAUUAUGACAUUCCCAAGAUAUCCAUGGUGAAUAAUAUAAUACACAAUAAUGAAGGUUAUGGCGUUGUCUUGGUGAAACCUACCAUUUUCUCUGACCUGCAAGAAGAUGCUGAGGAUGGAACUGAAGAAUGUAAAGCACUUAAAAUGCAGACAAGUGGAGAGGCAGACACAGCUGAAAGAGUGGAUCUAGAAGAGCUGAUUGAAUGUGCAACUGGUAAAAUGGAGCAUAAUGCGAGAUCUGACCUUUCUGAGCAAGUCGAGGGAAAUUGUGAAAUUGUAAAUGAACUGGUAGCUGCCUCUACACAGAAGGGCCAGAUGAAGAAGAAAAGGUUGAGUGAACUAGGGAUCACACAAGCUGAUGACAACUUAAUGUCACAGGAGAUGUUUGUUGGAAUUAUGGGGAAUCAGUUCAAGUGGAAUGGGAAAGGGAGUUUUGGCACGUUUCUUUUCUGACUGCUAUGAUGUAAUAAAUAGCAAAAUACUGGAUUUGCACAUGUUGCCCUAACAGUCACUGCUGCUCUUGUAGUUUGCUUCAUAUCUGCAUUUUAUAUUCGAUAUAUUUGAUUGGAUUUUAGUGAAAUGUAGAUUUAUUUCUAUCUGCAAGUAUUGCACAUAAACACUCCCUCUUUAAAAGAAAGGUUAUAAAAACAUAUAAAACAGAAGAUUACUGGAGAUUUUUCAUCUAGAGAGUCUUGCUUUCUUAAAUAGAUAGUUCUUUCCUACUAAGCCUGGUGCUAACUUUCUGGUGUGCAUACACUUCAAUCCAGCACUUGAAAGAGGAGGAAGGAAAGCAGGAAAUGCAGACGAGUGCACAGAAGUGCAAUAGGUAUCAUGUGUGCAGUGUUCUUCGCAGAGUGGUCUUUUUUAUCCCAAUUACAGCAGAUCUGAUUCCCAUUCUGUAUUUGCAUAAUACUUGUCUUAAAAUAAAAGAUUUUAUGAUUGGGAAGUUAUCUGCCUAAUCAGACUUAUUAUUGAGAAUCUGAGUGGGAUGCAUUUUUAUGUUGAACUAUGCAAUCAUCCAAACAGUAAUAAAUAACAUAACAGGUUUGAAACAGAAGUGAAAUAUUUUGUUGAAAACCAAUGUGUGUGUAGAGCAUUUUCACUGUUGCUGAUUGUGAAUAAUUAAAAAGAAGUAUUUUUCUUUCACCAUAACAGUAUUCUGAUCAUAGUUCUUACACGGUCAAAACGAUUAUCUGUACAGCCUAUAUUGGCUACACAUUCUUGGUAUCAUAUGUGUAUUUUAAAGCACAGCUUUUAAAAAUAUUUAUUUAAAAAAGUAUGUAUAAUAUUAAUAUGCCUACUGAUUAAAAUUAUAGUGAUAAAAUAAUAAAAUUUGAGCCUGU